AUGGCUGUGUCAUUUUUAUUCUCCCGCACUAUAACGCAUAAUAAGGAAUUUGAUAAUACAGGCUGCGAUAAACCAGUCUAUAAGAAUCUAAAAGAUACACUAGUUGCUUGGGAUUUUGAUGGUGUUGGCUCUUUGACCAUGGGAUUAAAUGAGCCUAUCUUCUAUCGGAAAAACAUAUUGAAAGCCUUUAAGGGGAAGAAUAAUAUCACAACUAAACUAUUAAUCACUAGAGUUAAGAGGUUAAAAAGGAACUUGAAACUUGAGAAUAAAAAAUACAUUACUCAAGCAGAACUUUCAGCUGUACCUUUAGGUGCAUAUAAAGAAAUAAUCGCUUCUCUGGAGACCGAUCCAUCAAAUACCUUGCAAUAUGAGUAUUUUCAAUUUUCUCAAGCUAUGAUUAAGCAAGCAUUCGAUCAUUCAACAAGGAGGGACGGUGGAAUUAAUAGUGAAAAGUUUAUUAAGAUUUAUAAGGAGAGGAUACAUGGAUCAGAAAAGAUUGCUAAGGAGCUACUGCAAAAGCUGGAUGAAAAUAGUGACGGAAUAAUUACUAAAUCAGAAAAGGCAGCCAAAAUAAAGAAAGUUCUGGGUCUGUUUGAGAAAAGCGUGCCAGACGAGCACUCUAAUGACUAUCAGGAUGUUUAUGUUUAUCGUAAGGAACGUGAAGAGGUACCCGAUGAAGAUGAAAUGGAAUAUCAUUACGAAGAAAAUUAUAGGCCAAUUGAUGACGGAGCCGGCAUACCGGUUAAUAAGGAAGAGAGAUCAAAUGAUGAUGAUGAUGGGGGCGAUGAUGAAGGUAAUGGCGAUGGAGCUGAAUUUGUGGACGAACGUGAAGAAAUAAUGCACGAGGAAUUAUAA